CAGAUUUUCGUCUAAAAAUUCUACAUUUCUACCAUGUUGCUCAAAAGUACCACGUUUCUUUUAGUUGGCAUCGCACUAACAACAGCGUCACCAAUUAAUUUUGGAAAUUUCUUGCUUUCUAUGCAAACACAAGUGCAAAAUAUCGGAAAGGUAAAAGGUUCGCCGAUAACCAUGAAUCAACCAAGUGAACAAACAAUUCAAAGUGCCGCAUAUUCUGCAUCUAAUCCUGAAGCAGAGGCUAAUGUUGUCACUGAAGCCGAAGAAGUCAAAACUCCAACGACCGAAGCAUCAAAAGUAAGCGAUGCCGUGACAACUUCGCAAGCCCCUACGACUGAGACGUCAACAACGACUACUGAGGUCUCAAAAGUGACUGAAGCAUCCACGACUACCCAAGCUCCUACAACCGAGAAACCGAAAACGACGGCUGCACCUACAACUACUCAAGCGACUACAAUUGCAGUACCAUCAACCACUACAGCUCCAAAAAGCACCAACGAGCCUACAACUGUGGUACCUCAAGUUACAACCACCAAAAAACCUGUUAUAACGCUGCCCAUUGAAUCUAUCGAUUUGAUUCAUAGUCUAUUAAAAGGAAUUAAAACUCGUCUCGGCAAAGCAUACGUCAAAACAUAUGAUGAACAGAAAGAUUCUAUUCGGGAAACUAUUGGCAGUAUCAAGCAGACUGGUAAAAUGGGCGUUGAGUCAGGCAUGAAUUUACUGAAAAAUGGACUCGAAUUUUUCUUCAUUGCACCAACUUUUGGCAAACAUCUCGUCAAUGAAGGAUAG